AUGGACAUAUUGCCCGGAAGUGCUAUGCCAAAAGUACUCUGGAAGGAGCGAAGCUUGAAGGAUGCUUUCAGUGCGGGGAACAGGGACAUUUCAAGAAUGAUUGUCCUAAGGCGAAAGGAAGAGAAGCUGUAUGCCAAGUUCUCUAAAUGUGAGUUCUGGAUUCAAGAAGUUCAUUUCCUCGGACAUGUCAUAAAUGAGAAAGGUAUACAUGUAAAUCCGUCUAAGAUCGAAGCGAUUAAGAAUUGGGAAGCCCCAAAGACUCAGUCGGAGGUGCGACAAUUCUUAGGGCUUGUUGGGUACUACCAGAGAUUCAUUGAGAAUUUCUCCAGAAUAGCACAGCCGUUGACGUUAUUAACCCAGAAGGAAAGGAAGUUUGAUUGGACGGAGAAGCAAGAGGAAGCUUUUCAGACGUUGAAAGAAAAACUCUGCAGUACACCUAUUCUUUCCCAGAUGGAUCGAGUACCUUGA